CCAGUUGGAAAGAUGUAUCGAUUUUUGCGGUUGUAGUUUUCGUUCCUUAGGUUUAGUGGCGAUCCACGUAAAUCCUUUUGAAUGGGAUUACUAUUAAAAUUUAAUUUUUUGGAGGUCCGUUAUUGUAGCUGUUGAAAAUGACCAAGGAUAGAUUAGCGGCUCUAGUCGCGGCUCAAAGUGACGAUGAUGAUGUGGGACCUGACGAUGUAUCCGUCAACGUGGAAGGUCGAGAUGGCUUUAUGGAUGCAUUUUUUGCCGAGGUGGAAGAAAUUCGUGAGAUGAUAGAUAAAAUUCAAGCAAAUGUGGAGGAAGUUAAGAAAAAACAUAGUGCAAUUUUAUCUGCACCUCAAAGUGAUGAAAAAACUAAACAAGAGCUGGAAGAUCUUAUGGCCGAUAUAAAAAAAACUGCCAAUAAAGUCCGUGCCAAGUUAAAAGUAAUAGAACAAAGCAUAGAACAAGAAGAACAGACUAAUAAAUCAUCCGCGGAUCUGCGAAUAAGAAAGACUCAACACUCGACUUUAUCCCGAAAAUUUGUAGAAGUUAUGACUGAAUACAAUCGAACACAAACGGAUUAUCGGGAACGUUGUAAAGGAAGGAUACAAAGGCAAUUGGAAAUAACUGGUAGGCAAACUACAAAUGAGGAACUUGAAGAGAUGUUGGAGCAAGGGAAUCCUGCAGUUUUUACUCAAGGGAUAAUUAUGGAAACGCAACAAGCGAAGCAGACAUUAGCGGAUAUAGAAGCACGACAUGCUGAUAUAAUCAAAUUAGAAAAUUCUAUUAGGGAACUUCACGAUAUGUUUAUGGAUAUGGCAAUGCUAGUUGAAAAUCAGGGUGAAAUGAUAGAUCGCAUUGAGUACCAUGUAGAACACGCAGUGGAUUAUGUUCAAACAGCUACGCAAGAUACAAAAAAAGCUUUGAAGUAUCAAAGUAAAGCCAGACGGAAGAAAAUAAUGAUAUUAAUCUGCGUUUCCAUUCUGAUCGUCAUACUCAUCAGCACAGUCGCAGGAUACUUAGUCUAAGUUUAGGUACAAACACAGCAGAAGUUCAGCAGGCCGAAUUUGAUUGUCGCUUUUUUUACUUCAACAGUAAUCACCUAAAUAGUCUUUCGAUAUUUAUUUAAAAAUCUACGCAGUUUCGUAUUAUUUUUCAUAGUAUGUAGAUGGUAUAGCUGAAUUGACAAAAUAUAGCUUUAUUUACAUAAUGUAGCAAUAAUGUAAUGGAGUUGGGUUCCGAAAUGUGUGAUAUAUAUAUAUUGUUAUCUUUUAUUUAUUUAUUCAAUGUGUGUCAUAUAUUAAAACAUAAAUACUAGUGUACAAUUAUUAGCUACAGUAACAUUAGGAUAGGAUUUCAUCGAUUAUUUAUAUUCUUCAAACUAUCUUGGUGUAUUUUAUAAUGGUCUGUUUAUUUUUUAUGCGUAAGAUUGCAAUAUGUACUUAGUUACCAGAGUGAACAAAUACAUAUAACGAACGUAAUUAAAUUAGUUUAAAGUAGAACAUAACAGUAGCAGAAAUAUAGGCAAUAAUUAGUAUCAUUUUUGAUGGAGAGGUGCACAAUCAGUAGGUUUCAUAUGAUUUUUCUGUAUGUACGUAUCUUCGGUAUCUAUUUUCCUUAUACGCGAGAGUCAUAAAAUUUAGAUUUGUUUACUAAAACGAUAAAUUGUCUAUAAAGUAAAUAUUUUACUAAUGCCUACCUGUCUUCCGUUCAGUGUAUUAAUAACUGUGCGUAAAACAAAUUAUUAUUUCUUAAUAUUUUGUUAACGAUUACGUAGGCUUUCUAAGAUCUCAUAAAGUGAGUAUAAAUAUAAAAGUCUUUCGUCAUAAAUAUAUUUUAAGUAUGUCUGUAGAUAAUUUUGUACUGUACUUGAAUGUAGAUUAGUUCCAGUAAACUGAUGUCUGGAUUACUGCACCGAUAACUUUCAAAUAACUUAUACAUGUCAAUUCAAUUUGAACCAUUAAUUAUAAUGUGUACCUAAUUAUACUUCUUGCAUCACCGAAUGCUGAUGUAACAAAGUGAGAUUUACUGUUAUAAUGUAGUUAAAUUUUGUAAUUACAAAAAUAUUGAAGUUGUAGAAAAUUAGGCUGUUAUACUUAGUGGUGUUACACAUUGUGGUCAAAAUUGUUACUUCUCGAUGAUCUUUUAGGUAUAAUCGUUACAAAAUAUAAAUUACCGAAUAUUGGAACAUGUACGCCAUUUGUUAAAUUGAAAUAAUAUAAUUUGGUACGACAUGAAUAAAGAAGGUCAUCGCGUAACUAAUUCUUGACCAUAAUUACAGUUGUAAAUGUUGUUUCAAACUAGGAAUAAGUAAUCUAAUUGAAUAAUUGUACACUAACAAAAAUGGUACCGACCAUUAGUUCACUUUGUAAUCCUCAAUGUUGGUCAUAUUUUACUAAUAUUGUGUAUUACAAAAUUUCCUCACUCAUAUGUUGUGAAGACCUUGUUAGCUAGCUGCACCCCUGUGUCAUGUUUGCCCCCUCCUUAUAUGUAAAAAUUUAAAUGUUCACCAACUCUGUAAGAUUAUAUUUCUAAUCAUUAGGCCUCUUGUAAAUACAAUGUGUAAUCAAACCUCUUCAUACCUAGGUGUGCAUCGAGAUGUUAGACAAUAAUUCAGUAAUACUUAUAUAAAAUUUUAUUUGUAAACUUGAAUUCCAAAAAACUAAUUCCUUUCGAGCGAACAUAAGCAAUCUUACAGAGUUUGUAUUUAUUGUAAAUUAGAAAACUCCUGAAAACAAAUUCUAUAUAGUGUACAUUUGAAACCGGAAGGUGAAAUAUAAACCUCUUGCCAGAAC